AUGGUCGACGCCUUAACUACGUACACGCGCGCGGAAGUUGCACAGCACAACAAAAAGGAGGACUGCUGGGUCAUCUUCGAUAAAAAAGUGUACAAUAUCACCGAAUUUAUCGAGGAUCACCCGGGUGGCGAAGAUGUGGUUCUUGAAUAUGCUGGCAAGGAUGUGACGGCGAUCAUGAAAGACUCACUCUCUCAUGUCCAUUCACGCAGUGCUUACUUGAUGCUGAUCGACUUUCAUAUCGGCUCCCUUGCACAGUCUGAGAUCGACGAGGAAGACCAGUCUCAAGACGGUUUGCCACCGCCCUUCCUGCCGGCUGAUGCGCAUAUUGCCGACGAUUUCCACCCGCAAGAGACAGACAUGGCCAAAGACUUCAAGCACAACAAGUUUCUGGACCUGAAGAAGCCGCUCAUUCCGCAGAUGUGGACGUCAUCGUUCACGAAGGAAUUUUACCUCGAGCAAGUACACAUUCCUCGUCAUUGCAGAGAGCCAGCAAAGCUUAUGCCUUACGACUUCCUCGAGGUGUUUACAAAAACGCCAUGGUAUGUGAUUCCAAUUCUCUGGCUGCCGAUUGCAGCUGCUUUCUUCCAUGUGUCUGCCACACAGUUCAAGUCUCAGUUCACUGCUAAUGGCAGCACUGUACUCGCCUCUACGGAGGGAUACUCUGCUGCAUUUGGUUGCUUUGUAUUUGGUGUAGUCUUCUGGACGUUCUUGGAGUACUUGUUCCAUCGUUUCAUUUUCCACAUGGACCGCGUGCUCCCGCGACACCAGUUUUUUUACCUGCUGCACUUUCUGCUGCACGGCAUCCACCACUUUUUGCCCAUGGACCGCUACCGCCUUGUAAUGCCACCAAUUCUCUUUGCCAUUCUCUCCUUUCCCAUGUUAUUGCUGGCCCAUGCCGUCUUUCCUCCGGCUAUUGCGAAUGGUGUCAUCUCUGGCUCGUACUCGAUGUAUGUCGUGUACGACACGAUGCACUACGCGCUGCACCACUCGAAGCUGCCUGAAUAUGUGCGCGAACAGAAGAGGUACCACCUUGAGCAUCAUUACAAGAACUACGAGCUUGGCUUUGGUGUGACAAGCAAGAUUUGGGACUAUGUGUUUCACACUGUGCUAUUGUAG